AUUUCAUGUGACAUUGACAAUUGCGCAUGCGCCGCAAGUACUCUGCCAUAUUACAGGAACACCUCACAAAAUAUUGGCAGAUUUGUCUAAACACCUGUGGUAAAUGAGAAGAAAUACUGGAUUAGAUUUGUGGGGUCGAUAGCAGAUUGAUAUAAGUUGACACUGAACUGAAACAAAAUGUCUGGCUUCGACAGCAACCCGUUUGCAGAUCCUGAAGCGUCCAACCCCUUCUCAGACCCCUCUGUCCAGCAGGCUGCCGGGUCGGGACGAGGCGGUGGACAGAAAGCUGGAGGGCUCGAUGACUACAACCCUUUCGCCGAGGGCAACCAGACCAGACCAGCAUCAGGGUCUAAUGCCUCCACCACCCCUCUGGUGCCACCUCCUCAACCCGCUCAAACUCAGCCAGCCAUCAUGACCCCUUCAGAGGAGCCCCCACCGCCCUACACACAAUCUGCUGCCCAGAAGAUAGACACAAGUGAACUUCAAAGGAGGCAAGAGGAAUUAGAAAAGAAAGCUGCUGAGCUUCAGAGGAAAGAACAAGAAAUGAAAAACAUGCAAUUCAAAGACCGUCAGAACAACUGGCCUCCUCUGCCAAGCUGGUUCCCUCUCGGCCCUUGCUUCUACCAGGACUUCAGUGUAGAUAUUCCAUUAGACUUUCAGAGGAUUGUCAAGUUUGUCUAUUACCUCUGGAUGUUCCAUGUAUUUGUGUUGUUCCUGAAUGUGCUGGCAAGUCUGGCUUACUUCAUCGUGGACUCAAAUGGAGGCACUACGUUUGGCCUGGCCAUUUUGUGGUUCAUUGUCUUUUCCCCCUGUUCUUUCAUCUGUUGGUACAGACCACUCUACAAAGCUUUCAGGAGUGACAGCUCAUUCAAUUUCUUUGUAUUUUUUUUUGUAUUUUUCUUCCAAUUCUGUGUGUAUGUCAUUCAGUGCUUGGGCAUCACGAACUUCACAGUUGGCAUCAUCACAGGUCUCUCGACAGUCCGCAACAGUAUUGCUGCGGGUCUCAUCAUGAUAUUUAUUGGCAUCUUUUUUGGCCUGUUGGCCAUUAUAAGCUUUGCCACCCUUGUAAAGGUACAUAGGAUCUAUCGAAGCACUGGAGCCAGUUUCCAGAAGGCCCAGCAGGAAUUUGCGACAGGCGUCAUGCGCAAUGAAGCUGUACAGAACGUUGCCGCAAAUGCCGCUUCUGGGGCUGCUCGGGGUGCUGCUCAGCAAUAUGGGUCUGGAAACCGAUAUUGAGGAUUGCAGCACUAUGGAAUAUGCUCGCCCUACAUCAGGAAUGUGCAGUGGGAAUUCUGUUUCACGGGUGAGACAGAUAUCCCUAUACCUUGGAUGGAGAAUGUGAGAGUUCACACUAUGGAUCAAUGUAAUGGAUUUUGUCAAUCUUCUAAUAGGACAGCUUCCCAAACGGUUGAUGUUAUUUGUUAUUUUUUAAUGUAUUCCCCAUCACCUAAAACAGUGUAGAACUCCACAUGAGGGGAAAUGACGGAACUGUGGAUAUCUCAGUAAAGAAGAUUUGUUUUUAGAAUCACCUACAAUUCAGUAUAGUCCCAUGCUGUAUCUUCUCAUAGGACAAGUUGGCUAAGCUUACAUUGAUAUGAUUCAUGUCCACAUUGUAUUGGGUUAAUCAUACUUUAGGUGCUUGCAAUAUACUUACACACCCUGUUGCUAUCAGGGUUUGAGAGAUAUAUCAAUCAUACAGGGACCAUUCCAAGAGGUAUCAAAUCAGCUAAUGUUGAUGCCUGUGUUUCUGCUACCAUUUUCAUAAAGCCCUUGGAUCAUUCAUUCAGUGCUGUGUAGAAUUGAUAGCCCCUUUUGGUAGAAAUAACUGUAAAGAAUUAAUAUAAAUGGUAAAAAUAUGUCACAUAGUUCAGGUAGUUACAUAGAGAAAAAUAAAGAGCAUGCCUUCUUUUUAUUUUGAAUUUUUUCAUAGACUUCUGUCUAGUCCAUUCAUGUAUGAUGAAGGGUUUUCAUUACUGGCAAACGUUUGAUCAAACUUUAUCCUUUUAUCAAUAUUUAUUAUCACAUUAACAGAAUUACACUUGUGACAUGCACUGUUGUCACAUCCGUGCAUCAUGCAUGUAUGCAUUUACCUUACUCAAUGCACCUGAUUAUAUCAGCAUAUGGCUUAUGGAAGACAAUAAGUAUUAUUGAUUGAUAUAUAAUCAUGACCAGUCUUUUCUGUCUGUCAGAGAUUAUGAGAAUUAUUAAUCUGAUAAGAACACAAACAAAAUUUCUUCAUACUGACAGUUUGAUGUUUAUUAGAUUGUUGCUUUAAAUUCCGAACAUUUUGCAUUUAGGAUCAGCUUGAUAUGUCACAUUGGGCAGGAACUGUUAUAACAGCAUCAGUUUCCUUCAAACUCUCUAUAAUACGAUUCUGUGAAAGUUUUAUGUUAUUGUUAGUUACAUUUCUUCAUUUCCAUCAUUGUAGAUAGCACAAUGUUUGACUUCAAUGCAUUAUUUAUUGUUUUUGAUAGACAAACUAUAUUUUGUUUUGGUGUGUACCCUGUAUUGGCUAACUUCUUAAAAUGGUGACAGAUAGCGAUGGUUGCAGAAGAUGCUGUACUGUUGAUGUUAUUGAACCUAUUGCAAUAUAUGGGUGUGAUGGAGAGUGAAACAUUGGUACGAAUCAAGUAAUUGUGCAAGUACAUAUGAAAAGAGGAGCAUUGUAUAUCUCUUGCCUAUGUGUAAAUUUUAUCAAAUAUUUCAAGAUAAAUAUUCUGUGGGAAUGAACAUGUUGUACUGUGCAAAUGGACGUUGUCAACCACCAGGUGUAAUUAUUUGUCAGCAUAUGUUAAGAGGGCUAGCUUGUAGUGGUGUCAUCAUUGUUAAACUGCUAAAUCACUAUUUGUAGUCCUUGCACAAGUAGGAAGUGAUGGUUGUUACUGGCUCUGUCACACCAGCAUGUUAUUACAGGCCUUGACAGAUCAGGUAAAGAUCCAAUGGAACACAAUUAGUGGAAUGUGUUUGAUGUAAAUAUACACUACCAACAUUUAAUACUGAUCAUUCUAACACUACAGCUGUGUCAUAGACAAGUUUUCAAUUUGACACUUUGAUGGAAUAAAAUAAAUACCCAUAUUCCGAUACCUGUUUGACAUGUGUAAGGAAACUUUAUAGCAGUCAAAUGAUAUCUGUAAGAAUUCUUUUUAUCUGUGUAUGCUGGUAAUUUAUUGAUUGAUUCUUGCUGAUUGUAUAAAUUAAUAGUUGGGUAGUGGUAUUAAAUACUUGAAGGCCUGUGGCUUUGACACAGUAGAUAGUGUAGAAUAGUACUAAGCUGGUUGUAACGAUCAAGAUACUAUCCAAUUUUGACCUUGCAGUUGAUCACCAUGUAGAAAGUCUCUUUGAGGCGUUUGGGGUACUGAAAUAAGUGGGCUCACCCAGUGUUUAUUGUAUAUAGACAUUCUUACCGUGUUACUUGUUGUUAUGAUUAUCUUCAUUCACAAGCUUUUCAAAGUGUGGUACAAGUUAGUGAGUACUUAAGGGUAGACAUGCUUGUCGGUUUGCACGUCAUUUGAUCAAUGAGGGAGUUGGCCAUGGUCAUGCUCUUGAUGUUCAUUGGCAUCCUUUUAAGGAAAAAUAGAAACAUUAAUUCAUGAACAUAUGCACUUCCACAUCCGAAUAAGAUAGACUAAAAUGUAGUUUGAAAAAGAUCCAUGAAAGACUAUGGUAUGUGUGAUAUUAGCUUCCAAUAAUGAACUAGUUUUUAAACAUUAAGAAUAAACAGAUGAUUGUUUUUUACAGUACAAAUUGAAUUUAUUUAAAAGUCUGGUCUGAAGCUAUUGUUGGCAUAAUGGUUUGAAACCAACAUUGAAAAUGAGAAUGUGUUCAAGUUCUGUGGUUUGGCCAGCAUUGUUGUGUCAAAGCUGUACAAAUGCUGCUCCUCUGUGUCUAUCAUCAUCCUCAUGUUCGUUACCCUUGGUUCAAAUCCUUAGAUUCUGUCUGAAAUUAUUCUCCUCUGCUUGUUGUUGGGUGCAUGUACAAAAUGUGUCCUGUAAAAUAUUCAGAAUUGGUGAAAUUUCUUUUGUGAAAAAGUGAAAUAUUAUGUCAAUAAAUGAAUAAUGUGA